UGCUCAGAGUGUGGGAAGAGGUUUACUAUGCAGAGUAAUCUCCAACGACACCAGCGCAUUCACACAGGAGAGAAGCCAUAUCACUGCUCAGAGUGUGGGAAGAGUUUUACUACGCAGAGUCAUCUUAAACAACACCAGCGUAUUCACACAGGAGAGAAGCCAUAUCACUGCUCAGAGUGUGGGAAGAGUUUUACAAUGCAGAGUCAUCUCAAACAACACCAGCACAUUCACACAGGAGAGAAGCCAUAUCAGUGUUCAGAGUGUGAAAAGAGUUUUACUCAAAGUAGUGACCUUAAAGUACACCAGCGUGUUCACACAGGAGAAAAGCCGUAUCACUGCUCAGAGUGUGGAAAAAGUUUUACUCGACAGAGUAAACUCCAACAACACCAGCGUAUUCACACAGGAGAGAAACCGUAUCACUGCUUGGAGUGUGGGAAGAGUUUUGCUAACAGUAAUGCUCUUAAAGUACACCAGCGUAUUCACACAGGAGAGAAACCAUAUUACUGCUCAGAGUGUGGCAAGAGUUUUACUGAAAGUAAAUCCUUUAAAAUACACCGACGUAUUCACACUGGAGAGAAGCCGUAUCACUGCUCAGAGUGUGGGAAGAGUUUUGCUCAACAGAGUAAACUCCAACAACACCAGCGUAUUCACACAGGAGAGAAACCGUAUCACUGCUUGGAGUGUGAAAAGAGUUUUGCUUACAGUAAUGCUCUUAAAGUACACCAGCGUAUUCACACAGGAGAGAAACCAUAUCACUGCUCAGAGUGUGGAAAGAGUUUUGCUCAACAGGGUAACCUUCAAAACCACCAGCGUAUUCACACAGGAGAGAAACCGUAUUACUGCUCAAAGUGUGGAAAGAUUUUUGCUCAUGAAAAUAGUCUCAAACGGCAUCAGCGU